AUGGAUGGCACGCAGCCAGGCAGAGGCAGCAGCAGUGACGGUGCGGACGCGGGGGAUGAGGGCGAGGAGAGCGAUACAGGCUUUCGGUGCCGUGCCGUGGCCUCGGACGUGCCCGCGCUCUUGCGGAACCUCUACGAGCAGCGUGACGCCGGGGAGGUUUGCUUCGUGCGCGGCGCCAAGGAUCUCGAGAUGACAGCCCAGCUUCUUGAAAGCUACAUGACCCAUGUGUUGCUCAUGCUUCCUGAAAGGUGA